AUGCGGAACAGGCUGUUGCCUAUGGACGUGUUCGUCAGAAGCAGGACUGGUCUUUUUCUUUCGUACCGCGACUCGCGUGCCCGACCGCGGCACUCGUACUCGGAGUCACCCUUCGCGACUGCCGACGAAGAACAGGAGGGCCUUAUUCCAGCCUCACCUGCUAGACACACAACACUUGAUCUCGACCUUCCUCCCAAAUGGGUCGAUAUCUCGGACCAAGUGCACGAAGUUCUCGCCGAUACCCAGGCAAAAAUUGCCGCCUUGGAAAAGCUCCACGCGAAACAUGUUCUGCCGGGCUUUACAGAUCGAUCUUUCGAGGAACAUGAAAUCGAGGCCAUGACGACGGAUAUCACCAAGGACUUUCGCCAAUGCCACGCUUUGAUUCAGCGUAUCGGAACGCAGCCGCAUUCGUUUCCUCCUUCCCAGCCGUCGGCACAUACGUCUCUCGCAGCUAAGAAUGUCCAGCGCGGAUUGGCUGCGAAGGUGCAACAGCUGAGUGGGACCUUCCGGAAGAAGCAGCGUGUAUACAUGGAGAAGCUGCAAGGUCAUGCGAUCAAAAACCAGGAUCUUUUGAUCGCCUCGGGUACAAUCUCGCUCAAGGGUUCGGAGGGAAUGUCCGCAGUCGAUGACGAUAUGGCAGCUGCGUCGACGACGCAAGUGCAAUCACAAUCGACGCUGCACGAUCCAUCCCAGCAAUAUGCUUCUCGAGACCGGGAAUUGACCGAGAUUGCGAAAUCGAUCAACUCGCUGGCUGAACUGUUCAAAGAUUUGUCCGCCCUGGUGAUUGAUCAGGGAACUUUGUUGGACAGUGUAGAAUACAACAUCGAGCAAACCGUAGAUCAAGUCGAAGAUGCGGUCCGGGAGCUCAAGGUUGCAACAAAAUAUCAGAAGAACACAGGAAGGAGACAACUUAUUUUAUUAUUGAUACUUAUCAUAUUUGGGCUAGUCGUGGUGUUGAUACUGAAGCCCAAGAGGCACUCAGAACCGCCGCCAGCAGCUACACCUCCUCAUGAGACUCUAUAAUUACAUGCAAUCUAGUUGUCUAUUGGGUAUGAUGGAUGUCCCUGGAAUCAAGAUGGUCUAAAAGUCGGCGGGACAGGCAUGGUUCUCGACUCUGUAUUGGGCUGGGGCAUCUGGACCUGAGAGGGCCGGUUAGAGAAUCAAGCUUUGAGGGUUGCUGAUGCACGAACAGUGGGUUCGACAGGAUCAUCAAAAAUGCCAUCGGAUCCUUCAUCUGGAGCCAGAUUAGUCGUGGUUGGCGGGUAGAUGUAACAACUGACGCAAAAUUGCAUCCUUUCCGCUCAACUCCCAUCCAGCUUCUGGCAUUCUCGAUCCGACAUUCUCGCUCUGGGUCUGGUGCGCCUUGGCGUCUUCUGCUUUAACCUCAUGCCACGGGACUUGAGUAUAACGUUGGGCGGCCGGUUCUGCAUUUGGAUCGCCGGAUGGCCCGAAGAUGCCGACUUCAAAUAGAGCGCUUUUUAAAGCACAGACCCACUUGUUCCUUCGUUUUGCUGGGUCGGCCGUCGGUCAUCAGUAAGUUGAUGUUCGCUGACAAGGUCAUCUUGGCCUGAUCCGGGAAAUCUGAGGGAAAAGUCAGCUGCUUGCAGCUCAUCGUCGUCAGGAGCGGCGUACCCAGAACUUGGACAUCGAAUUCACUGCGAUAGUCGCGACGUUCGGCGGUGACAAACGCAAGCAUGCGUUGACGAAGCUGUGCCCAAUGUUGAGAAAAUUUGCACCAAGCGAUGCGAAUGUGCACCAACCUUUUCGAUGUCCUCGAAGCUUGUCGAGUAGCUCACGUCGAAAGUGAAGGUCUCUGACAU